AUGGGGCAUGUGGCUGGAUGGCCGAUGUCGAAUUUGAAGAUGAGGAGGAUUGGGUCACAGAGAUCUUGGGCCAGGUUGACCCGGACACAGCUGGCCAGGUCCUGGAGGGAGAAGGCGGUGCCGAAGAUCAGCCAGGGGCAUCUGCUGACAGCUCAGCUGCAGAUGCCAGGGAUGAUUGGUCAGCAGAGCUUGAAAGAGAGCUCAGGGCUACAGCUUCGGAUGAUGAUGCUGUGGGAAACCCCUCAGGUUCGUUAGGACCGUUACGGCGUGGUCGUGGCAGGCCUCGGGGGAGUGCUUUCCUGCAUGCGCACUUGAAGGCAGCAGUCCAGGACCAAGACAACUCAGCAGUUGUCGUGCCUCAGCUUGGAGUGGCAGAGAGGUUGGCAGCGGGUCGGGCUGCUGCAGCACUGCAAAAGCGGAAGGACACUGAUGAUGCUGCUGCCGCCUUCGGGCCAGAACGGUUGCUCACAAGCCUUGGGCCACUGGUGCAGCGUACAGUGGGUGCAGCUUUGACCCAUUCGAUCCGCAAGAUCCCUCAGCGACCUGCCCGAAACGAUGCUGAACAAAAGACUUUUGUUCAGCAAAUCCUGGAAGGUGACGUUUUGACUUGCAGUGCCAGCAGUGUUGCUCGGCUUGCUGGGCGAUCGAAAAGCGUUGUGCAGUCAUUGCUUUUGCAGGCGGGCUCUGCAGUCGUGGAAUCAGCAGGGCUACUUUGGUCUGUUAUGGCCUCUACGUGCUUGCAGGCAGUGACCACCUCCAGCACCUUGGAGCCCAUCAUGAUUUGUGUAAGCCUCCGUUAUGAUGAAACUCCUACAAAGGUGCGUGUGGCGUCGGUCAACACAGAUGUCAUGUCGAAUGAGUUGGGGCAAAUGGUCUUGGUGCCCAGACCGGCAGCAAGCACCCCAAACCUUUUGUCGCGAUUUCUGCAACACUUGAACUUGGCACCGGCUUCACAGAGGACACAGCAGACAGCUACCCAUGCAAAAAUCUUGCAGACUCAAGUCGACAUCGGCAUGCUAUUCCUUCGAAAGCAUGCAGGAGAGAAGCGAUUUGCUUGGGUUGUCACACCAGUACCUACAGCGCUCCAAGCAAUGCAGAGAUCAACAGGCGAAGUUCAAUUGGCCUGUGUCUUAGAGUCGUUUAGCUCCCUGGGAGGCCUUGCAGAACUGAGGAGAGUCAGCAAUGCAUUUCCUUGCAGGGUAAAAAUUACGACGACAGACAGAUACAGCGCCAAUUAUAGAACCGAGGAGGGACUGCGGGCCCAUCUUGAGGGGUUCGAAUUCGUCCACCUCGCCUGUGAUUGUCGCCGGUGUUCCAGUGCAAUUGGCAACUCGUUGAAGUCUGUGCAAUCGGACGUGUCGGGUGCCAUCAAUACAGCGCUGGCGCUGUCAGACUUGGGAUCCGUGAAAGUGCUUCGUGACAUACUCACUGCCAUCAUGUUCGAGGAGCUUGAGAUUCACAAUGAGGCUCCUCCUCCAUGUGAGUACAGAGACCAGGCAUUUGCACUUUUCCUUCCGGUUGAUGGAGGGGUUCCACUUUCUGUCCAAAAGAUCAACCGGGGGCGGCGGUUCAUCCUCAAGGCUUUCUUGAAUGGCCAGAUCGACCGAACCGACCGCCUCGACCACUACUGCCCAUGGGGAUGCUGCCGCGAUGCUGCAGACACUUUGUCGUUGGCAGCACUUUAUUGCACAUGGGCUCUGGUUCCGUUUGCGUGUCCUGUUCUUUGCAGGAAGUCUUGGCUGAACCAGAUGCCGAACCUUCAUUUUCUGGGGGUGCUGGAGUCUCAUCACGGCCUGCGCGUGCGAAUGCUGAGACGCCUCCUCGGAGGUCCCACAAAGGAACCUACCCGGCGUCUUGCACCUGCAGCCAAUGACUGGGAUCAGGAGCUGCAAGCCGCCCUUGGAGCUGCUGCUGGGGCAGAAGACCAGGAAGGCGCUGCAGCAGCUGCGGCAGAGCCGGAAGCUGUGGCUGGAGAGCAGUCUGAGGCAUCUGCAUGGGCGCUUGAAAAUGCGAGAAGGCGGAACUCUGCAAAGGCUUAUGCAGAGUCCAAGCCUUACGACCGGCUCGUGGUCUUCUGUCGGGUUUUGGCACCAAUGCACCAGCUUAUGGCCCGAUUUCUUACCCUCUCUGGAAAGAAUUGGAUGAAGAAGCAGAAAGUGCUUGCAGCCCAGGGCAAGCCCCGGUCCUGGCCAGUCCUCGAGGCUGCACGGCUCACGGAUGUCACGGCUUGCUUGAGAAAGUUGCUGGAUAUCAUGCUGGAGCCGCUCCUUGGUGCCAGAGGCAUUGUCGCAGGCCACACUCGAGCUCUGAAGUUCCUCAUGACCUCUGCUGGCAUGUGUGGGCUACGUGUCUAUUUGAGAUUGCCCCGACAAAAUUUCCCAUACAGACUCUUCACUUUGUUGGACGAUGCAUCCGAAGCCACAGUGAAGGGCCUCAAGGAGAUUCCUCCGUGCCUGCGUGACGAAUUCACGAACAACUUCAUCGAAAAGGGCCAUCUUGAAACCGAAGUUGGGCUUGCAAUCUUAGAGGCGGCUGCAGACAUUUUGCUUGUAGACGUUGCCGGGAUUGAAUCCGGGCACUCCACUGCCCGAGAGUUCGCUUCUCUCCGCUCCAGGGGCUGGGUGCCAACUUUGGAAACCCUGGCCAGUCGCUUUGUUUUGCAGGAACGGCAACGAAGCUUAGGCAAGAUUGGGAUGUCUCAGUUUUCUUCCUCAAAGCGCAAGUCAGACAGGCCAAAGAGAAAGAAUCCUGGAGGGGGAGGAGCGUGGCGAGCCUUCGCCAGCGAGUACCUGCGUGGGCGCAAGCUGACUGCUGCCUUGGCAACUGAAAUGAGCCGGAUCUAUCGAAGGCUUUCUGACGCCGAAAUGGAGAGGUACAUCACAGCUGGGCGUGGUGGUACUCUGGCCCACAGGCAAGGCUUCCCGUCCUUCGGUCGGCAACCGAGGCAGCGGUCCUCCAUGGGCAUGGCUGCGCUUGAGCAGCAUGAGCGACCCGGUGAAGAAAGACAAGAUGGGGCUCUUGUUGCUGCAGACUUGGAGCGAGCCGAUUUCGGCUUGGUCCCUUAUGCUGGGGACACCUUGGCUGAAAGGUAUGCUGAUUUCAAGGUGGCACUGAAGGAAGAAAUGCGACAUCAGCAGCAGCUCGACGAGUCACGACUGUCAAAACAGGAAGUUGAGAUCCUGAGAGACUUUGAACACGCUGCAGGGGCAGAGCCGGUGCCAGCAGCAGACGUUUGGUCGAGAGACAUGCGUGGGCACCUGCUCUCCGGUUUGCAACCUUCUCCAGCCACUCGGCCCAGAAUGGCUUCCUACACCUGGUGUGCUCCUGCAGAGCAGGCUGCAGAGGCCUGUGAGAGAGGGACAGGAAAUGGGGGUCAGGCAAUUGGUUGGGGUGAGGUGGGUGUGGGAUGUAGGGCGGGUAGGCAGUCCUUUGUGACGAAGCUGUUGGCCUUCGCAGACAAUACCGUCUCAGCUCCAUUCUUCACACAGCUUUGUCCAAGCCUUCCCAAUGCCAUGCGUUUGGAGUGUGUGUGUGUGUGUUCGGAUCCAGACCCUCUGCAUUUCUGUCGGAAACUCCAGCAGUGGAUGAAGAAAGUCUUCCACAAGGUGAACAAUACUGCAUGCGAGGCACGCAAGCUUCUUGAGUCCCAGAUGGUCGUGCUGGAGUACCGUACAGUGGAGGCCCAGGAGCCGGCGCCGGGAAGCAUGGCAGCUUCGGGGCAGGUGCUGUAUGGGCAUGUGGGCCACAUUAACUUCAGCACGUGGCACCAUGUCCUGCUGCGUUUGACAGCUGAGAUGGAAGAACUGGGGUUGCCUUCUGAUCUUUCUGAGUCGACAGGUGCACUGCAAGUCGGAGCCUUCCCGGCAGAAUCUGCAGGUGCUGCCCUCGGCAUUUUCAGCGAUCUCCAGUUCUACCAGCAGCUGGACCUCAAACGUGCCUGGGAAAUCAGACCACACGUGAUAUCGGUUUUGGACAAACACUGGCAUUCGAUGGACUCGUCUGCCAGUGCUGUUCCUUUGCUGCCGCUUUCUUGUGAUCCCGACGAGAGCAUCCCUGAGUCCUGCUCCUGGCUUGGUUCUGAAGCCGAAAAGGCAAUCAGGCAAGCUGCCGAGGAUGAGGCCAAGAAAAGACAGGCAGGCAAGAAAAGACGGGGGGCCGGAGUACCUGCUUCGUUCCCGCCUGGCAAGCUGAUGGCCAAGCAGAUGAUGGCGGUGGUGUCGGCGACGUCAUUUCCGGAUGAAGGCGAUCAAGUUUCGGCAGCUUCAAAAACUGCAGAGCCUGCAGAGCCCUACAACCCGUACUUGGAGCCACUGCAGGAUCCACAGCUGGACCCAGAUGGCGAGCCUGUUGCUACAGAGAUGGAAGAGCACUGGGAGAAGUCCUCUCUUGGUUCUGUAGAGUCCGACAUAGCUGCGUCAGAGAUGAGUUUGCGUGAGGCUGAAGGUGACUUGCCAGCGGACCGUGGCGAUCAAGAUCUGUUGCUCGAGCUGGAGCAAGAAUUCCAGGGCGAAGUUAUCGAAGGGGCUCAAGUUCCACCGACUGCCGAUGCUGCAGAUGUCGGGUUGGAUUUGGAAGUUCCAGUGAGCCUGCCUGCAAGGGCUGCUGUUGCUCCCAGAGCUGCGGGUGGCGAAGGCCGUGUCCCUGGAGCAAGGGCUCCUGCCCUGCCAAGGGCGCGAGGAGAGCAAGCUGAUAGGACAUGCAAGCCAACGCAGCGGGACAUCAGCUCUGGAAGUGUCCUAGCAGGGCAGGGCCGCCCAGUCGGGCUGCUCAUGAACUGGUUGGAGCUGUUGCCUUUGCAGCAGCGGCCGAACGUGAAAGACGAGAGGGCGAGGAAGAG